CACGAUCUAAAACCCAAAUCACGAGUUGUCCUUGCGCGAGUUUGCGCCCAUCAAUAGAACCUCAUUUUAGUUGACUGUUCACGUUUUACAUUUUCGGAGGUAUUUUUUGAUAAUUCGAUAGUGUUCGGAAGGAAUUCAGAAUACCGGCUGGACUGAAGAGGCUCUGGUAUUUUUAUACACCAGCUACACCAUGGCUGCUACAUGUACCGACAGGAUUACUCCUGUAUCUGGAGUAGCCUCCCCGGUGAGUCCAGCCUCCUCAACAGGUCAGAUACCCUUGGAUCAACCUCCGAAACUUAAAGGGCGACAUAAACUGUUACAAAGCCUCCAACGCAUCUCAUCGAGCCCCAGUCUGAAACGGGGCCGCGCCCAUUCUACUGGCUAUCGCCGAGAUGGAAAAGCUUCAUUGUCCUGUAUCUCGCUGGGACAUUCGGCAUACACUCCUUGUCUCGGUAACGGAAGCUCGUCACAACUCUAUGGUGGAUUGAAUGUGCGCCCAAUGACUUCUGGCCAGGCUGGCCCAGCAGAAGAACAUGAGGGGAAUGUUCGAAUACGCCUUGUUGGGACCGACUCACCAAAUGCCGCUCAAUCAAUAUCAGUCCCCCUGCCAACUGAGCUGAGACCAGGGUCCCUUGGGUCGCCGCUAGGAAGUACCGAUGUGAUCCAGGAAACCGCUGUCAUUCAGCCCGCACCGAAACCCAAGAAGGCCUUUGACUUCUGGGGAAGCAUGCCCGGAGAGCUCAGAAUGCUAAUUUUUAGCUAUCUGACUCCCAGGGAAAUUGUCCGCUGCUCUGUCGUCUCCAAAGCCUGGAACAAGAUGUGCUUUGAUGGGCAGUUGUGGUCUGCAAUUGACACAACAGAUUACUAUCGCGAUAUUCCUAGUGAUGGUCUCGUGAAGAUCAUCGCAUCCGGCGGUCCAUUCGUCCGGGAUCUUAACCUCCGUGGUUGCGUUCAGUUACGAGACAAAUGGAAGUCCGAAGGCAAGCGCAUCACCGACCUGUGCCGGAACGUUGUUAAUUUCUCCCUGGAGGGAUGCCGCAUUGAUAAGACGUCCAUGCACUACUUCCUUCUACGAAAUCCUCGUUUGGAGUACAUCAAUGUCUCGGGGUUGAGCAGUGUAACGAAUUCGGCCAUGAAAAUCAUCGCUCAGUCAUGUCCACAGCUUGAAAUUCUGAAUGUAUCAUGGUGCUCGGGCGUGAAUACAAAUGGGUUGAAGAGAAUCAUCAAGGAAUGCCCGAAGUUGAAAGACCUUGGGGCCAGCGAAAUUCGCGGUUUUGACGAUGAGGAGUUUGCGCUGGAAUUAUUCAAACGAAAUACCUUGGAGCGUCUGAUUAUCAGUCGCACUGAUAUUACUGAUGAGUGUUUAAAGAUUCUCGUGCAUGGUGUUGAUCCGGAAAUGGAUGUGCUUCUCGACCGACCCAUUGUACCUCCUCGGCGAUUGAAACACCUGGACCUGCACCAAUGUAUUGAGCUGACGGAUAAUGGAGUGAAGAGUCUCGCCUACAAUGUUCCCUACCUCGAGGGCCUGCAGCUUUCCCAGUGCCCCGAGCUUAGUGACGACUCUGUUAUCGCUGUUAUCCGUACCACGCCUCGCAUAACCCAUCUCGAGAUUGAGGACAUAGAAAGGCUCACCAACAGCACCCUCCUAGAAAUUGCAAAGGCGCCAUGCGCCGAACACCUCGAACACCUCAAUAUUAGUUACUGUGAAGCCCUCGGCGACCCUGGUAUGCUUCAAGUUAUGAAGAACUGCCACUCUCUCCGCUCUGUUGAGAUGGAUAACACUCGAGUUUCCGACCUUACUUUGAUGGAAGCCAGCUACCGUGUCCGCAGGAGAGGUUACAGUGAAGACCUACCUAGUGUUGGCUUGCGCUUGGUUGUCUUCGACUGCGCCAACGUUACUUGGGCUGGUGUAAAAGAGGUUCUUUCAAGCAAUGCCUAUGUCCCACGUUCUCGCAAGUCGCUACAAGCUACAUCAGCUAUAUCGGUUGUAGCGCAGACCGUCAUACCGAACGAAUCAACAGAUACGAAGACAAUGAUUACAUCCUCUAUCACGCCCCCACCACAGCCUUCGGUAUACCCCAACGAGAUCAUUCAGCUCAAGUGUUUCUAUGGCUGGCAGAUGACCGUGAACGAGCAUAACAAGCGAGUCUUGAGAGGAGAUCUUGCUGCCGCAAACCGUUUAGAUCGGAAAUGGGCUGAUUACAUGAUGGCCACAGAAGAAGCAGGCGCAGCAGGUGCAGGUGCUAGAAGAAGACGUCGUCGGGCCCGUGAAGCCGAGAGAAUCUACAAUGCAGACGACGAAGGUGAUGACACCUAUGGUGUCGGGGGCAUCUCCGCCCUUGGGGGAAGACGCAGGAGAGCACACAGUGGUAGUUCCUGUCUUGUCAUGUGAGAAAGUCAUUCUUUACUUUUCUUCUUUUCCUUAGUUCACUUUGAACACAAAGGAUCCACAGACAUGCCUGUGAAGAUGUUUCUGUGUGUGAAAACCUACUCCUUCCAGUUACGGGGUUCUGGAAACCUUGUUGAAUGUGUCUACCAUCGUGCUUUUCAACUAAAAAUUGGCAGCCGAGCAAUGCUGGCCAUGUGGUGAACUGAAUUGCAUAUCUCCGGCACAGAGUAUGCCCUGAGACAUGAAUUGAUGAAUCUGUGUGAGCAGUUGGAUAAGUAUGCUUAUCUACGCUGAAAGUUUAGUCCAUAGCGAACUUGUUUCGUACUGGCUUUCUCUCUCCCGCACCGGCCCUAUGGCAUCCACACAACCAUACUUUUUGACUGGCUUGGUGUAC